UCGGUUUCCUUUUCUCCCUCAGAAGCGGCGCAGCGCUGAGCGGAGACGGAGGUGCAUCUCCUUUCCUCCCGUCCUUAAGCGGCCUUCCUUUUUCCCUUUCCCCGGCGAUGGGUUCGGAGAAGGAGUCCGAGUCUCCACGGUCCUCUUCGGUCCCUUCGGCCGCGCCUCCUCCGGCGGCAGCAGCGAAGUGCCCCAAAAGCCGGCGUCGGAGGCGCCUCCUCAGCUUCCAGAGCGUCUUCUCAGCCGCGGCUGCAUCGUCGGGGGUCCGUCGGAGGAGGAAGAAGGCCAAGGCGGAGGAGAAGGAGCCAGAGGAGGAGGCGGCAGAGGAGAAGGGCCCCGAGGAGGCCCCUCCGCUUCCUCCGCCCCCGCCGCCGCCUCCUCCUCCUCCGCCCCCGGAGGCCUCCGACGCGGCCUCGUCGUCGUCCUCUUCGUCGUCUUCGGAGGAGGACGGGGGCUCCUCGGCCUCGGAGCUGGAGUGCCCCUUGUGCCUGGUCCGGCAACCGGCCUCCAACGCCCCGCGGCUGCUGCUCUCCUGCCCGCACCGCUCCUGCCGCGCCUGCCUCCGCCAGUACCUCCGCAUCGAGAUCACCGAGUCCCGCGUCAACAUCUCCUGCCCCGAAUGCAGCGAGAGGCUGCACCCGGCAGACAUCCGCAGGCUCCUCAGGGACUCCCCGCAGCUGGUCGCCAAGUACGAGGAGUUCAUGCUCCGCAGGUGCCUGGCCGCAGACCCGGACUGCAGGUGGUGCCCCGCGCCCGACUGCGGGUAAGGAAGGCGGAGGAGGGCCUUGGGCUUGGAAUAGAGCCCCCCAAAGACCCUUCUGCCAGGCGGGAAGACAUAGGGCCCCAGGGUUGGAAGGGAGCCCCCUCCAAGGGCCCUGAUCCAGUCCAACCCCUUUAUUCUGCCAUGCAGGAACUCUCAAUCUAAGCAUCCCCAUUGACAGAUGGCCAUCCAGCCU